AUGUUGGUGGGUCGCUAUCGACCCCACGGGCAUAUAAGAUACUUAUAUUUGGCGUUUUGCAGGUCUCGUCGAUUACUUUCCACUACUGAAAUAGCUGAGGCCCUCGAAGCUUUGGAGGAAGUGGAAGAUAUUCAAGGUAUAGAUGUUUAUAUAUAUCCACCAUGUAACGAUGAAAUUUCUGAUGGUGACUUGGGGGAAGAAGACUGUUGCGAUUUUGAUAUAUUGAAUCGGCACCAGCUUCUCGUGCCUGUUGAGCUAGUAAUUCACACGUCGAAAGAUGACCAGCAUGUUGAAAUCGAGGCUAUUGAACCUGAAAUCUCUUCUCCUGCUCCUGCUAAAACUCUACGUAUGCCUAAAAAGUCUCAACCAGAUGUUACAAUAAGUAAUGAGCAACUCAGGCAACCGACAACCAGUCAAGACAGGCCUUCUACUAGUCAAGAGCAGUCUAGUAGCAGUACUACUAGUAGCUGGUCAGGCGCAUGUCCAUUACUUCAACAGAAACCAAGACGGUGGACCAAGAGAGACUUAAAUAUACCACAAAAUGUCUGGGUUCAACCACCUCCUCGAACCGUACUAACUUUGAGUAAAGAAAGUGAACCUUUAGAGUUUUUUGAGUUGUUUUUCAGUGAAGAUGUAACUCGACAUCUUGUGAGACAUUCUGUUAUAUAUGCAGUGCAACAGAACCCCAAUACAAAGUUUACUUUGUCAGGAGAUGAUAUUUACUGUUUCCUAGGAAUUCUCAUUCUUAGUGGUUAUGUACCUUUACCCAGACGGUCGAAUGUUUUGGGAAACAAAUAA